GAGUGGUUCCUUUCUUGGCCUUCAAAAUUUUUUCCUUCCUUAUUUGACACUAACUUGGGUUCCUCAUUUGACACUCCCGGUCAUUCCGUCAGUUAACUCGGGUGAACAGUAACCCGUUAAUACUUCCACCCUAUUUUACUAAACAAAACGACAUUCAAAUCACCUCUAAAAUUCAUGAAUUUUUUUUAGUGAUAUAAAAGAUAGAGAUGAACUUAUUUUACACAAAAACACACACAUAUAUCAUUUUAAAUCUUAAAACUAAAAUUCAUCAAAAUACACUACUUUUAAAGAAUAUGUGAAUUUUUAGUGCAUAAAAAUACUUUCAAAAAAUGAUGUAAAAAUACUCAAUAUCACUACAACAUGAUGAAGUAAUUUAUAAUUUAUAACUAUAAUAUGAGUUCAUCUCUAUCUUUUAUAUAACUAUAAAAAAUUUCAUGAAUUUUAGAGGUGAUUUGGACGUGGUUUCUUUAGUAAAAUAGGGUUACUAUUCACCCAAGUUAACUGACAGAACGAACGGGAGUGUCAAAUGAGGAACCAAAGUUUAAGUCAGUGUCAAAUAAGGAAGGAAAAAAAUUUUAAGGGUCAAGAAAGGAACCACUCAUUAUAUGAGUGUCAAAUAGGAAAUUCUCUCUUUAUUAUUUUAUUUGAGAACCUUCAACUAGUAACACCCAACCUAUGAUUAGAUCUUUAGUCAAAUUGACUUUUAAGCUUUCUAACUUUUUAUAUUUGGAUGAUGAAAUAUCAAAAUUUCUAAUUUUUCAUUUGCAUAAGUAUGAAUUUUAUUGCAAUCUUUCAAACGUGUAGUCCGUGUGUACACGCUGUGGGCACGUCCUACUCGCUACUCGAGAGGUGACCGAACGACUACCGUUUAGCGUUUAGGUGAACAUUGAAGGAAAUACAAUGAAUUUCAAACUUCUCCGAUAUGAUCCAUCUUACAACGAGCAGUUAUAACUGUAUAUAUCACUUGAUUAUUGUUUCAUCCCUAGCUACUACAAAAACUCUUUUAUUCCUUGUCUCACAUCUUUUAAGACCGUGAAAAUUAAACCUAGAGUUUCUUUCAUGUUUGGCAACCCUCGAGCCAUGCAUGGAACCAUUUCGGUACCGUUAAGCAAGUUUAAUUAGUUUGGAAAGCAUGUCCAUAUAUCAAUUUUGAAACAUGAAAACGAACAACGAAAGAUGAAAUUGGAGCCAUUAGUGAAGCAUAUAAUAAGCCACGCGGCGGGUGCUUGAUAUAGAGAUGAAGAAAUGGGGCCCUCCCCUUUAUUUCUCUCUCUAUCUAAAAAAAAGGUUUGCGUAAUUGUAAGGCGAUUGGAACAGGUACAGGUCGAAUCCUAAUUCCUUCACUAAGAAUGGUCCCACGAUGCAACUGGUCGCUCCUACAUGAUAUAAAGAGUUGUCUUGUCACAUAAUUUUACUACUUGUAAUUCAUUUAUUGGAGCACGCAAAGAAGUUUGCCGGAUCAUUAUUAUUAAAUGUUGUGCCAACAAUCGGAAACCUAACCAAAAGUGGUGCGGUGGGCACCAUGUAUCAUAUUGGUGGAUGGAUUGGAUGGGACAAGCUAUAACUAGCCAAAGCAUCCUCCUGUCCGGACGGUGGAGUACUACACUGACUAGUAGUGAGCAGGGGCAGGGGCAGCGGAGAGCCGCAGGCCAGAGGCAGAGGAAGCUCAGCUUGUUGAUCGAUCAUGGCGCCGGAGACCUGCGGCAGGUCUGAUGAGCCGUCGGUGGUGACGGUGGACGUGACGGCGGCGAGGGAGCUGAUGGCGCCGGCCGGCGGCCACCGCUACCUGGACGUGAGGACGGAGGAGGAGCUCAGCAGGCUGGGGCAUCUGGUGGAGCUGGACAGGUCCCUGAACGUGCCCUACAUGUUCACCACCCCGCAGGGAGGCCGCGAGAAGAAUGCUCACUUUCUGGAGCAGGUGGCCUCGCUCUUCACCAAAGACGAGCACGUCCUAGUGGGGUGCCAAAGCGGCAAGAGAUCGGAGCUAGCAUGCCUUGAUCUCCAAGCAGCAGGAUUCAAGAACGUCAAGAACAUGGGCGGCGGCUACCUCGCCUGGAUCGACCAUGGCUUCCCCGUCCACCACCCACCACGCACGGCCUAGCCUAGCCUAGCCUCACCAACCAGCAGCUCAAGCAUCCAAGGCUCCACUUGUUGUCCUCGCUACCAAAAUAAAAUGAAAUAAGCUAGUACUGCCUUGUUGCUCUUGCUAUUCUGUACUUGUAUUAUCAUUGUCACGGGAUAUGAUUCCCCAACUGUAUGUUUCCAUGCAGUGCUAAUAAAAACGUACGGUGAUUAAAUCAC